AUGUUCGAAUCCAGCUGCCUGUGUGGCGCAAAUCGACUGAGUUGGGAAGCCGAGCCCUUCUUGAGGAUGCGCUGUUGGUGUGUUGACUGCAAGAAGUUUUCAGGGUCAACGAAUACAAACAAUAUCCUGGUACCCUUCAAGGGGAUGAAGGUGGUGAAGGGCAACCUCAAGACGUUCACAUUGGACGUCGAUUCUGGAAACCAGAUGACCAGCUUCUUCUGCGACCAUUGCGGGUCGACCUUGUACCGUAGGAGCAGCGGAAUCAGUGGUGGCGUCGCCGUGAUGAUUGGUGGUGUUGAUGGGGAUGAGAUGCUACACGCCAGCAAGCCCCAGGUGGAGAUUUAUACAGAUCAUCGUCCGGAAUGGGUCGCUGCCAUCCAAGGGGCCGAGCAAGUGAAGGGCGUGUGGCAUCCAAGCCCUGACCAAUUGCCCAAACACGCUUGA